AUGGCCACUCCACCUGUCCCACGCGAUAUCCUCUCCUAUACCGUCGAAGGCUUCAAUAAACCUCCUCCACAAUUAGUCAACAACGGCGUCGCAAAAAUGCUCUCAGAAGUAGACAUAUCGCACAUCUGGGUCCCAAAAUGGAACCAGUAUAACUUGCAUCAAAUGAUCUUCAAUCUUAGCUAUAAAAACUUCGUCGGAGCAGUUAAUCGCAAGAAUUCUCGACCAAUUGAUCGACUGCAUAUGGAAGCGCUCUGGAUGGAUGCCUUGUGGAAAAGAUACACAGUCUAUGAUCCCAGGUCCAAGAAGGCAAGAAGGGAUCAAGAUACCUUUCAAAUGUGCAUGUGGCAGAAAUGGGAUUUUGUGUAUCAUGGUUUCAAUGUGAGAGAUGACAGGCCUGAUGCGCCGAAAAUUGAAUCGGACAGACACGACACGAAACUUGAAAGGGCUCUGUUGAAAUUCAGGUCAAAGCCACACAAGUCGGUUAAGAGAACAAAGGCUUGGACUGAGGAUUACUGGGUCAACAAGAAAAAGAAGUUCCCGGAGUCGAAUAUUGAGCGACCAGGAGAGAAGCCCUCCGGAGACAUGGUUUCUACAAUCAAUGUGCAUGCUGAUGUGGAACGGUCAAUGGGGGACAUGACAACUAAGGAUGCAGAACGUGACGCUCGCAAACUUUGUAGAGCUAUGAGAAAGCUUGGUGUUGACAAGAAGGAGCGACGAAAGAAGAAAUCGGGAGUUCGGAAACUCCGUAAGGCCUUGGAGAAGUUUGAAAUUGGAAAACAAGGGGAGAUUGAGGAUGAGGAGUGCGGUGACGUCGAGCAAUCCGGGUCAAUGGUUGGCAUAGAAAGAUAA